ACCGUAGUCAAUUGACAUGCGUUUCACUUUCAGUCUGGCGUCCUCUUAAAGAAUAAUUAAUAAAAUAUCUAAUUCUAUUAUAUUUGAUGAGAAUAUCGACUCGGAACACUUUCCACCGACUGGCUGCUACUCUGUUACCUACUCUGCAAGCGGUUUGGACACUGUUAACUAACCACCGACUACUGACGUGCGGACCGCUACCUUUUACAGUCUUACCUAUUUUGUAAUCAGUAAUUACUAAUGAUUGUAUUAUACCGCUGAAAGCUAAUUGCGAAAAACAGCUCCGAAGACAUUUUCUCGUCAUCGCAAUAUUUGCAAACCCAACACCGUUAUCUGGAAAUCAUAAUAUUCACAAGUAUUAACGAGUUCGUUUGGAUGAUUAGAAGAGUGCUCAUUCCAAAAUGUCUGAACUACAACCGUCAAGCCGCAAACUAAUUAUUCUCGAUACUACCAACUCAACAUAUAAAUCAAAAUACAAUGUAGUAUUCACACCUCAGCCAUAUUACAAAAAUAUAUGUACACUUAUUGAACCGGUGGCUAUUUAUUGUGACUCAGCAGUUAAAUCUGAAUGUGGACAAUCACAAGAACACACUCAAUUUGAAUUUAAAUUCACAUUGUCAAAGUUAAUAAUAGAUAUGGUAAAAAGACAAAUAAAAAGAUUCCAAUUCCAGAUCCGAUUUGGAGAAAAGCUGGCAGAGGAAAGUGAUUUAUCAGAUGGAUUACCAGGGCCAAUAGAUAUAUGUUUCAAUUUGAAGCAUUCAUCCACAACCAAAAGGAGCCCUAUAACUUAUGACGGCGAUACUUUAGACAAAGAAAAUGAGAUCUCAAUAUUGUGGCCAUUUUGUAAAAAAACUUAUUACAUGGCGCUAAAUAUUGUAGAGACCAUCUCGAUUGAAAAUUUGAUAGCACGCGUAUUUUUUCACAAUAAAAUUUAUAGUAUUAAACUAAAUACAAAAGCUAAGGCCAUAGAAUUAAUGAAAAAUUCAGGUAAAGAUUCAGCGUCCUAUGAGUACCUCUUAUUGUGUUCAAUAACCCAAACAAAAAUGAAAAUACCAACAAGAUCUCUAAAUUGUAGUCACUUUAAAUGUUUUGAUCUGAAUACAUUCAUUAUCGCAAAUAAGAUAAAACCGACAUGGGUAUGCCCGAUUUGUAGAAUACCCAUUCCAUACUAUGACUUGGCAAUAGAUUUAUUUAUUUUGAAUAUUAUCAUUAAUCCAAAUCUUCCUAAAAAUUGCUUUGGAAUAACAUUAUAUGCUAAUGGUGAAUGGGAACCAUAUACUGUUGACAUUAUAGAAGGUAUUGAAAACAACUAUCCAAAAUAUUCAUCUCUUAAAGAUUUGAAUAAUCCCUAUGAUGAAAAUCUCCCAGUUGAAAAACCUUUCUUACCAAUAACAAAUGGUUUGAAUACUAUUGAACAAACGCUUUCCGAUCUGACCAUAGACAGUACAGACAUUAAAAAAGAACCAUCUACUAAAAUCCUUAAAACAGAAGAUGCUGAUGAAUAAAAUCAUUCAUAAUAUGAAAAUUUUAAUUUAGUACAAAUAAUAAUUUAAGUUUUUAGUGUUAUUGUAAGUGUAGUAAUAAAUUAUUGAAUCUAGAUGUUUUACUAAUCUAUCAAUAACAUAUAAAAUAAAGAGUACAAAAAAAAAAAAUCGAAUUGUUUUAAAUUUUAUAUGGACCUUAUUGUAACUAUACACUUUAUUACGCUGAUUAUAUAGAAGUUA